ACUUCACCACAGAGGAGUGGGCUUUGCUGGACCUGGCUCAGAGGAAGCUCUACAGAGACGUGAUGCUGGAGACCUUCAGGAACCUGGCCUCCGUGGGCCUCUCACUGUCGUGGCCUCUCCCGUUGCGGAGCACAGGCUCCGGACGCACAGGCUCAGCGGCCGUGGCUCACGGGCCCAGCCACUCCGCGGCAUGUGGGAUCUUCCCAGACCGGGGCACGAAUCCUUGUCCCCUGCAUCGGCAGGCGGACGCUCAACCACUGCACCACCAGGGAAGCCCAAGAAAUCAUUAUUAAUCCCUAAUACUGUGCUUCCUACUUUGAACAGAAAUCAUUUGGUGGAGAGCCUCUGUGAAGGUAAAGAAGGCCAUCAAUGUCUAGAAACCCGGAACCAGCUUACACACCUUACUGUGCAUAAGGGUUAUCUGACUGCAAUUCAGCCCUGUAAAUGCACUAAGUGUGGAAAAGCCUUCAGGGAUUGUUCUUUCCAGAGGAAUCAGCAAAGAUCUCACACCAGACACAGACCUCAUCCAUGUAAAGAAUGUGGGCAAACCUGCACCUGUGUCUCAUGCCUAAAUCCUCCUGGUGGAACAGACAUUGUAGAGAAAACUGACAAACGUCAGGAUGAUGGGAGAGCAUCUAAGAGAUAUGUGAAAAGUUACAGUAGCAAACAGUCUUUACAGUGUAAGAAAUCUAAAAAAUCAUUCACUUGCCUGUCAUCUGUCCAGCGACAUGUGAGAGGUCAUUAUGGACAGAAAAUCCACGUUUGUGAAGUAUGUGGGAAAUCCUUCAGUUAUUAUUCCCAGAUUGCACGGCAUGUGAGAGCUCACACUGGAGAGAAACCCUAUGAAUGUAAAGAAUGUGGGAAAGCUUUCACUCGCAUCUCACACUUCCGAGAACAUGUGAGAAUGCACACUGGAGAGAAACCCUAUGAAUGUAAGCAGUGUGGCAAAGCUUUCAGUUGGUGCACUUACCUUCGAGAACACAUGAGAACACACAGUGGAGAAAAACCCUAUGAAUGUAAGCAGUGUGGCAAAGCCUUCCCCUAUCUCAAAUCCCUGCAAGGACAUGUGAGGAUCCACACUGGAGAGAAACCUUAUGUGUGUAAGGAAUGUGGGAAAUCCUACAGUUGUCCCAAAUACUUUAGAAAACAUGUGAAAACACACAGUGGAAUAAAACCCUAUGAAUGUACAGAAUGUGGGAAAAUGUUUAUUCCUUCUUAUCCCUUCGACAACAUAUAAAAACACACAGUGAAGAGAAACCCUAUCAGUGUCAGCAGUGUGGGAAAGCCUUCAGGUAUCUGAUAUCCCUACAAAGACACAUGAAGACACACACUGGUGAAAAUUCUGAAUACAAAACUGUGGAGAAGCCUUCC